CGACGUUGCGCCGCGCGUCGACCGUCGACUGUUCUAGCCGCCAGUCCGCCAGUCGAGCUUUAUCGCUCGUGUUGUAUGCAUGUAAUGAGAAUGUAUCCGCGUUUUAUUCAAACCGAAUCACGUUGAAUCGUAAAGCUAGUGAUGUUAUCCAGACUUUAACAUCUAAAACACUGAUUCGGUGAUCGAAAAUACAAAACGUUGGGUUUUAUUGUGUGCUUACUGAUUUUAUUGUGACAGUGUACGGUGUUAGAAUUCAGUGUAAUGUGUUUGUGUUGAAACUGGAAUUAUAGUGCAUCUGGAAUUGGAUUUAUACAGAUUAAUGCUAGCAGGUAUGACAACAUUACACAAAGAGGUCCAAGAGUACCGCCAAGCAGCGAGGAUUAAGGAACUGAUCGCCGGUGGAAUGGUGUUGACUGCAAUCGAGUGAAACCGUAAAGUGCUAGUGAUGUGCAAGUGCCAUUUUAGUGCGGUGCAUUAUAUCGAUAAAUACCGAUAGUGUUGUGCCACGAUGCUGCUCUCCCGGGCACAGUUCGUACCUUGUGUGUUUAUGUGUCUGUUGCUACAAUACUGCGUGGAAAGUCAACAGGAGAUCCUUAUAGAGGAGUCAUCUACGAUCGAGUCGUUCCAUGCGCCGACAGGGGGCGCUGUCGAGCUGCCGUGUGACGUCACGCCCGCCCUGCCAGAUGACAAGAUGGGCCUCGUGAUAUGGUACAAGCAAGGCCACGAAACACCCAUAUACUCAUUUGAUACGCGGGAGGAAAUGUCGCACUACUCAGACCCAUCUAUCUUGGGUAGCAGAGCGAGCUUCAGAAGCGAAACCAGGCCGGCUGUGCUGAUUCUCACCAAAUUAAGACCAGAAGACAGUGGCCAGUACCGGUGCAGGGUGGACUUCCUAAAAUCCCCCACCAAGAACACAAGGCUGAACCUCACUGUACUCAUUCCACCAGAACGCCUGAUCAUCCUGGACCAAACCGGCAUGGAGAUCAGGAAUGGAGUCCUGGGACCGUAUGAUGAAGGCACAGAGGUCAACUUGACUUGCAUUGCAGUGGGAGGUCGCCCAACAGCGAGGAUAUCCUGGUGGAAGUCUCACGCACUCCUCGCCAACUCCGAAGCGAGAGCCACCGUCUCCUUCAGGCUUCGGAGGUCAGACUUCGGCACCCACGUCACAUGUCAGGCCGUUACGGACCCUUCAAUAACGCCAGUGUCCGAGAACAUAUCCAUAGACAUCAAUUUGCAUCCGCUUUGGGUGAAACUGCAAGGCGGCAAGCGCCCUCUGGUGGCCGGACAGAGCACCGAACUGAUCUGCCAGUCAGUUGGAGCCAGGCCUAAGCCUACGAUUUCCUGGUGGAAAGAUGGUAGCAGGCUGAAGACUGUUAAAGAAUCGACAUCACAAGACGGGAAUGUGACCAGUAGCAUCCUGACCUUCGUGCCAGCCAUUGCUGAUGCUGGCAAGGAGCUGACCUGCCGAGCGGUCCAGCCCUCACUCUCCCGAUUGCCUCAAGAAGAUGGAUGGAAGAUGGAGAUACAACAUCUGCCAGUAGUAAAAUUGGAGCUUGGAGCGAACCUGGACGCAACCAAGGUGGUGGAAGGAUCCGAUGUAUACCUGGACUGCAGGGUGAAGGCGAACCCGUGGCAUAAUCAUGUCUACUUCAUGCACAAUGGUGUAGUAGUGAAACCAGGACCUGGUGUCUUGCUCGCGAAUCAGAGUCUAGUCUUGCAACGCGUCUCCCGAAGAGCAGCUGGCGCUUAUGUCUGCUCAGCCAGGAACAGUUUAGGGGAAGGCUCCAGCGACAGUCUCGUUUUGGAUGUUAAAUACUCGCCUACCUGCAAGUCCACACAGCCGUUGGUGUUAAGGGCAGCCAGAGGAGAAGUGGUCGAGAUUGAGUGCGAGGUGGACGCCAACCCUAAGGAGUCAAUGGCAUAUCACUGGUGGUUCAACAGCUCUGCUCAUAUCAAACACGAGUUGACUAAUUCGCCAAUCACGUCAUCACAGAAUGCGCCCAGUACAUUUAUGUAUAUGGUGAACACAUCAUCGGACUAUGGGUGGGUCCAGUGCACCAGUAUCAACACAGUCGGACCACAGAGCAAGCCGUGUCUCUUCCAUAUAUUGCCCGCUGACAAGCCAUCAACGGUAAAGGCGUGCGAGAUAACCAACGUGACGUAUGACUCGCUAACCCUGAACUGCACGCCUGGACACGACGGCGGAAUUCGACAGUCGUUUUUGCUACAAGUGUUCGAUAUGACAACCGGCCUGCUACUGAGGAAUAUCAGCAACGAUGAACCAGAGUUCGAAGUGUCCGGUCUCGCGGCUAGCAACGCUCUAGCGGUGUCCGUCAGAGCGUACAACAAGAAGGGGUCAAGUGAGCCCCUGACAUUAACGUCGAGCUUACUGAAAUACCCCCAGCGGCACACAGCCCAAGUGCCUGUGAAAGUGGAGCUGACGACAGUUCUGAUAGUGGUGCUGGCUGCAGUGGGAGUUAUAGCCACUAUGACGGCUAUAUCGGCCGCGGUGUUUUGCUGUAGAUACUGCAGUAAAAAAGACAAUAAGAACGAAAAAGUCAAACGGCGUCAAGACGAGACUUCCAAUAUACCACUUACGGGUACGAAGGAGUCGGAAAGCGUGGAUAGUCUUGACAAAAAUCCAGACAUCAUCCCUCUAGAUGGCAAAAUAAGUGACAGUUGCUCAAAUAAAUCGUCCACGACAGACUACAGCUCGAUCAGACCCCUCAUAUCGAAAAAUCCAUCAGAGAAAUACGAAGUAACCAACUGCGACAGGUUUUACGACCACAACAUAGAUCCUUGCAGCCAAUAUAUACAAGUACGACCAAUGGACUAUCGGAUCCGACCAACGUAUCAGACCAACCUAGCACCGAUGCCCAACCUUGGACCAAGUAUACAAAGUUUGGGACCAAUGAGCAGUUUGCACAUGCCAAAUGUUGGUGCAAAUGAUUGCCACAGACAACCAUAUGAUAAAGUGUACGAGGAUUGGUUGAAAUAUAAGAAUGCUUUGCCAUUAAACACAACUGGUUUGCUACCAGCAGAACAACUGAUGCCACCAGAAUUAUACUCCACCCCUCCACCACCAGCACUCUACAGCAAUCCGAACAGAAAUCCACUCAAUCUAACCCAAAUGCCGGAGUUAGAGCCCAGAUUUUCUCUAGAUCCGAGGCUACAGAAACAACAAGACUCAAGAAGUUGUUCCAACUCCCCACCAGUUAGAUUUAACACUGAAAAUAACAGUGCAUACUUCAGUAAAAGUAUGCUGGACAGACCAACCAACACUCUACCCCAUUUGAAACCAUCCAGGUUGAAUGGGAACUCGACGAAUCCACACAGUGAACAGAAAACUAGUGCAACGAAAUCGACCGAGACCAAUUUAGAACAUGUCAAAAUUGCCAAUCAAGAGUGCGGCUGAGCGAUGUUGAAAUAAACAAAUGUUAACACGUUACGACAUGAACAAAGUGAUAGUGUAAAUUCAAAUUAUUGUGACUACAAUUGUGUACAGAUUGACAGUCCCGUCCGUCAUUUUCGAUUGUGAAGUAUGGCUGAAUGUUGCUUUGUCUUUGCCGCCUUUGAGUGAUACUUUUUUAUUCUGUGUCCUCAUCUUUACGUGUUUUAUAUUCUGUAUCGGAAACAAUACAUCUGUAUCAAUGGGUUACAAUUUUUCCCUUGGAUUGACCAAUAAAAAAAAAUAUCUCUCAAACUUAUGUUGCCAUAUUGAAAAAUUUCAUUUUGUGUUAUUUCAAAUUAUUAUACACGAGAAAAAGAAAUCCUAAUGGUUGUAAUUAUUUAGAGAUUUCUGUUCUAUUUUUUUUUUUAAUAAUUGAUUGACGAUUGCCAUAAAUAAUCUAUUUUAACUGUUUUACCAAAAAAAAAAACAAAAUGUCAUAGAACUGAACUCGAUUAGGUCAAACAAAAAUUAUUUUGGAUGUUUUAAAAAUAGCAAUUAGCUGUUAAGGGCGUAUUUGUCAAUUUAUGAUUAGUAAAUCGUUAGCUCUGCCGUUGCAUCUUCCAGAAGAUGUUUAAGACUGAAUUUGUAACAUAUGUAAUAUGAAAAAAUAGAUAAAAAAAAUAUUGUUGGUGUCUGCUGUUACUAGAUGGGAGCUUAGGGCUUCAACACCGAUGACGAAAGCAAGCAUGUGACGCGUCAAAUUUUCAUCUGAUAAUCUAUCUUAAAUAUGUUAUUAAGUGUUUAAUUAUAAUAAAAAAAAAAUCGAAUUUUAGUAAAAAAAUUACGCCAUAUUGGUCAAAAAUCCCAAUUAUAUUGGUAAAAGAAUCGUGUCAUUUUAAAAAAAUGGACUGUUUUUCUUUUGUAGUGUUUAAAAUUAAAACUAAUAUUCUAAGCAUUUAUAGAUAUACACUUUAUUUGGACGUUAUUUAUAUUAAAAAAAUUAAAAGAGUCUCUUGAAAACCAAGACUUCAAUUUUAGAUGUACCUUUUAGAGUUUUCACAUACUUUUUUUUUUAUUAAAGUUUCAUUAAUUACGUAAUUGUGAUUGAUGUAUUUUUUUUUAGUUCACUAAUAUCUAAACAGCACGUUAUAUUUUUUUUUAUUACGAGUUUUAGCUUGAAUACUAGUCCUUAAGCCGUUUAGAUGGCUAAGGACUUACUAAAUACAAAUGUUGCCAGUCUUAUGGACUUUAUUUGUAAAUACUUUUGGAUUUUUCCUAUACGGGGAAAAUAAAAAAAGGUCUAUUGUUAAUGGAGACAUGGUUGAUUAAUUGCUAACAAAUUAUAUUAAAAGAUUGAUCGAUUCUAUUUCAAUCUCUUUACUUUCGUCAUCAUCAUCGCGAUGAUAAAUAUCAUCCUCUUGGGUCAUGAGUCUUCUUUAUCUAAUAAGUUGGUAGAUAGGAAUGUCUAUGGUCGUCUACUGUGUUGAAAGCUUUAAGUGUGCAUGCGUUACUAAUAUUUUUUUUUAUGAGUAAUGCUUUAAAAAUGUGUGUCUAUGAUUAAACGAAAACAAAAAAAUAUAAGUGUUCUUUUUUCAAAAGUUCAAUAAUUUUAACAUGUUUGUGAAAACUGCGUGGGAAUUAUGCAUACGGUCUAGGAUAUGUAGUUGUAUUAUAAAUACAUAUGUUUUUAAAUAUUGUGUGUAAAUAUUGUAUAUACAUAGUUUAAGUAUAAUAUACAAAGAGUUGCCAUACUAGUUCAACUUAAUAUAAGUAUACAUAUAAAUAUAUGUAACCUAAAAUACCUAUAAUGUUACGAACAAACGAGCUUUUAUGUUAUUAAAAAUUGGAUAUAAAUAGUUUAAAUUAUUCUUAAUUUUAAUCAUUGUGACAUGACAGAGGAUCAUAAUUAUGUAAAUCGUUUCUGUUGUAAACGAUAGUCCUUUUAAAAUUUGGAUACAAGUAUGUAGUAAAAAAAAAUGUUGCCAACAAAGCAAAUUGAGUCACAUGUUAGAAUUUUUUUCUUUUUAAAACGAAACGUUUGACCUUUUUACUGUUACCAGAAAAUAAUACAAUGAAAAAAAUACAAUUUUACUAAAACUGACUUUAAUUUGUUUUUAUAAUUAUUUCUUUCAAUUGGAAUAUUUUUUUAUAAUACAUAACGGGUUAAAAUACACUUAAAAAGUGAAUAUUUCAUAUGUGUAUAGGUACGUAUUAAAAUAAAUAUACUUCUAAGUAUAUUUGAAUUAUUGAAUCCGUUAUAUAUAUAUUGAAAAAGUUUAUUCAAAAAGCUUACUCGAAAAGGUUCGAAACAAUGUUAAAGGGAAUGUUUAAGUCUAUGAUAUUUUAUGUAGGUAUGUGAUAAAUUGUGACAUCGUGUUGAUAAUGAGAUAUAAAUAACAUGACAAGCAUGUGAAAUUGGAUCAAAGUUCAUAUUUAAUUAAUUUUCAAUGCCAUAAAAUACAAUUAAUUUUUAUUUAUUUAUUUUUUUGCUUGUGUAAUAUCGGAAAAUUAUUAUAAAAUUCUUUCUACUCCACGUGAUUGGUUGAAUCAAAGUCAGAAUUCUUUCUAUGCUAUAAAAAACUUUGUUUUUUUUUUAAUUUUCCAUUUUUUUUUUCUCUUAUAAUAAUAGAAAAUUAUUUAUUAUAAACUACUUACUACAUGACGUUAAUAAGACAUUACAAUAGUAACGGCCUAAAUUACACUUACAAAUCAAUUUCUUUAUAUCUCCUUUUAUUUUUUAUUUCUUUUAUUUCUUUGUACCAAACAAAAUUAUGUAUAAAAAAUUAUUUUUAAUAUAAUUUUAUGAACAAAACAUAACACGUAGCUGCCUACACACCUACGUAUGUUUACUAUGAAGAUGGUAAAAACAUUUUGAAGUCAUAUUAUUUUUAUUAUUAAAAUAAUCAGGUAUUGUGAUGUGUUCCCUAUUUUUAUUUCAAACGCGUGGACGUUAAUUCAUUAAAAAAUAAAUAACUUCACUCUUCACUACUAAUUAUAAAUAAAUAGCCGAUUGAUAACUUCACUUUAAUUUUUUUUUUAUCCAAUUUUUUAUAAUACUAAUAUUCCGUUCAAUAAAUACAACGACGAGAGAAGUUUUGUCAUCCAAAUUAUAUUUGAUAUAAAAAUUGUUAAUUUGCAAAACAAUAAAAUAAAACAAAUAUAUUAAUAGCCCUCACCACUACCGACCGCACGCACAAGGCGACAAACAGCAUGCUGGUCGCACAGUGCUGUUCGCGACAGCCGUAAACCGCGCUCAUGAAUAAGGAAUUCUGUUAAGCUCGAAACUAGUCGGUAUAUUAUAUUGUAAUUAUUUAUCUCUGAUUGGGGUAAAUUCAGGGAUGUCCGAUUAGUUUCAAGCUCAACAGGAGUCCUUAUUCAUGAGCGCGGUUCUUGGCUGCGUCGCAAGCAGCACUGUGCGACCAGCGCGCUGCCUGUUGCUGCUCGCGUGCAAUCAGCGGCGGUGAUUGUGAUAGUGGGGCUGAUUUUUAUUAUAUAUAUAUAUAUAUAUAUAUUCAAUAAUAAAAUAAACAUUAUAUUUUCUUCUUAACAUUUUUCUGUAUUUUUUUUAUAUUUUUUUUUUUUUUACUUAUUGAGUCUAAAAUUAAAGGCACUAAAACUACCAUAAACUUAAUUGAUUAUAAUUAAGUGUCAAUUAAUUUGUAAUAGAAAAAGUUUACGUUGUUAAUAGGUAUAUAUAAUUUUCAAAGUGCUUAGUUUAACCAUUAUCAAUUAAAAAUAAUGUUUUAUGUUUGACAACAUCUCUUAAACUGUAUAAACAAAUGAUAUUUUGAUAACAAUCAGAUUGUGAACAGCUUGCUGGCCAUUAUUUUUAUCUGUCAAAAAUUGUUUCAAUUCUUACCACGAUUUAUAAAUGGCUGUUUCAGUUUUGUCUUUUGCCUGCAGAUUAUAACGAUUAAAUGUCAAAGUGACGUGCGUUACCGUUGUUUGGUGACUCUAGAUUUCUCCAUAGAGCCUUGUAAUUUUUUAUAUUGUAAUAACAAAGAAAGCAUAAUAAAUUAAGUGAGAAUUUUGUUUCUUGUGAUGUAAAAUUCCUUUGGAAAUAAUAAAU